AAUCCCUCUUACUUUAUUAACAAAAUAUUUAAAUUUACCGCGUCAUAAUACCACUUUGAAUGCUCGCUUGUUAUCUCCUCGUGGUCAGGUACAAAGUAGAACGGGGCGCUAUUGGAAGAGCAGGGGGCAGGUCCGUACUGGGAAGGAUGAGCCGCUUGCACAAGGUUUUUGUGUACGGGACGCUGAAAAGGGGGGAACCGAACCAUGGCUGGUUUUCGAAGGAUGCCGGGGGUUAUUUCAAGUUUAUGGGUGAGGCGAAGACUGUGGAGAAGUAUCCGCUGAUUAUUGGGACCAAAUAUAACAUUCCGUUUCUGUUGUAUAGUCCAGGAGAAGGAACUAAUGUUAAAGGUGAACUAUACGAAGUCAACGACAAAGUCUUCGCUAAUUUGGAUAUCCUGGAGGACCACCCGAACUACUACAUACGAGAAGAACGCGAAGUACAGUGCUUAGAAGACAACAAAAAAGUCACAACUUGGAUUUAUUUCAUCAAAAACUUUAAAAGCGAGCUUUUAAAACAAACCACCUUCGAGUCUUAUAGCAGUGAAGGCCCCCACGGUCUUAAAUACGUGUCAAGGUACUUGCGUGACGACUCGUCGAACCAUAGACUAGAUAUUUUUCCUUCUGAAAAAAGUUGAUUUCAGCGAAGACAGCACGCUCGAAGACCUCGACGCAAACUCCGCUAGCCAGGGAAAAAAAUAAACUUGCCAAAAUGUUUGUAAAUUUAUUUUGUAAAAAAAGAUAACUUUUAAACCAAAAAUUCUGAGACCUAAACAAUAGUUUAAUAAAAUUUCCUAGGUUUUCUUUUA